CCUAAUUCGUAACUCCAGACUCCGUAACUCCGGUUUACCAUUCGUCGACCUGCAUAACAAGGGACAGUGGGAUCGAUGAUGCCUUGGACGGCCUGACUUCUUUUCCUAACAUGUUUUGUGCCAGUUUGGUCCCUUAUGCCACAAGUGAACUCCAUCUAAAAGUGAUGCCACUAAUAGCAAAGCUAUCUCACCAUGGGUAGACGCACACCGUCCUCUAAACCCCGUUGCAGGCAGGAGGAGUCAAAUUCACGUCAACGAAAGACUCAUAGAAAGUCGAGAUUAGGCUGUCGGAAUUGCAAGCUCAGGAGGAUCAAAUGUGAUGAGACGACGCCGUCAUGCGAGAAGUGUCUCGACUUUGGUGUGACAUGCAACUACGAUUCAAGUGUCCCCGACCUUCAACCACGUUCCGGCAGCACCGAAGGCAUCGAAAUCGAUUCGACUCUAGAGAAACACUCCCCCGCCACCGGCUCCUAUGUCUUGGACAUGGUCAACAUCUAUCUGAGUGAGAAUCAAGGUCCUACCGCUGCCAACGAGGGGCUCUUGCGCUUAGACCUGUCCGGCAUGGAACGACUGGAAAGGUUCAACAAACGCACUGUUCUCACCAUGGGAACAAAAGCUACCCCCAAAUGUUUCCGAACAGCGAUGGUGCAACUGGCUUGCAUUCACCCCUGUGUCAUGCACCUCGUCCAGUCUAUGACCGCUGCCCACGACCGCUUUUGUGCUGUUUCGGCUACGUCGCGGCAGACCACGGAUGAAAUCUACCAUUUGCACAGGGGAAUCAGUGGCAUGCAUCAAAAACUGUCUCGAGGCAUCCGACCAGAAGACCGUGACGCGUUGUUCAUUGCUGCGUCCAUACUUGGCGUAAUGAUGUUCUUCCAAAUCGAAGCCUCAAGUGUUGAGAAUGUGUGGCCGCUGGGCGCUGGCGAUUUCGCAUGGGUUGGCAUGAGCGAUGGCAAGAAAGCCGUCUGGCGUGCCACCAACCCACUGCGUCAAGACAGCAUGUGGCGAGCUGUGGCUGAGUCGUACGAAAUGCACUUCAGAUUCACGGAGAAAGAGCCCACAAACAUGAUCUCGGUGUUUGACCAUCUUUGCACCAAUAGUUCUUCCCCACCAGCAGUGGCGAACCCUUACCACAAGACCGCACAGUUCCUCAUUACAUUGCUCGCUCUUGAGCUUAACGAUACAACCUGGAUGAGAUUCCUCGUGUUCAUCUGCCACGUCGAUCCUCCUUUCAGGGCACUGAUUGAGAGAAAGGAUCCAUGGGCAUUACUGAUGCUUGUGUAUUGGUUCAUGAAGAUCUGCAGAGGACCAUGGUGGGUGUCGACUCGAGCAAUCCUACAAGGCCAAGCCAUUUGCAUAUAUUUGGAGCGCUAUCACGCCGACGAUGUGCUGUUACAGAAAGCAAUUCCACGACCGAAACUGGAAUUUGAGGAGGCGGAAAGAGAAGGAUGGGGCGGCUAUGCUUUCGUUGGCCGAUCGAGUCCGAUCACAGUGUAACAGUAAGGUAGAAGAAAUACCCCUGAGUAAUGUUUGUAUUUUGGUUACGAUGCUAGGAUGAGAUAAUGGCCGGGUCUUGGCACCAUGUAUUCGAUGUUCAUCGGCUUCCGGGGCCGCGCUC